AGUUGGCCCAAACGGUCUAACAGCUAGAUUCUAGAAUCCAUUCAUUCCUGUUUGUGGCGAUGGUGCAUGAAAGACCGGGGUAUUCGUGUGAUGGGAGGCUGUUUGAGUUGUGCCAAAACACUCCGGAGCAUGAAACCCGCUUCGACGCCUUGCUGCAAGAAGUGACGUCGGAGGCAGCCGAUCAGAAGAUUGCUGCAGUCUUAGGGAUCUUCGCGCGGCAACGCCGGGGCAGCCUGGCCAUUCGAUUCUUUGAGGCGACUAGGAAGAAGGGCAUCGCCAUCAGGCGGACGGAUUAUCUCGUCGGAGUGGGAAUUUCGUCCAGUGCCAAACUCAAGAUGUGGCAACAGGCCUUGCAGUUUUUCGAGGCCAUGCCAGCAGUCAGCGUUGAUUGCGCGGUCAUUGGGUACAGUGCCGCGAUCGGUGCAUGCGCCAAGGGCGGGCAGUGGCAGAUUGCGCAGAAGUUGCUCGAGGAUAUGCUAGAAUGGACCGAUCCAAAUGUUGUUAGCUACAAUGGAGCAAUCAGUGCUUGCGACAAGGGCGGGCGAUGGAAGGAAGCACUCAUCUUGUUUGAUGCCAUGUCGAGGUCGAGAGUUCUGCCAGAUCAAAUCACAUAUGUUUCAGCCAUCGGUGCUUGUGCAAAAGCCGAGCAAUGGCAGGAAGGGCUGAAGCUGUUUGAAGCCAUGCCCAAAUCUAGAGUGCAGCCAACUCUCUCUUGCUGCAAUGCUGCGAUAAGUGCCUGUGAGAAGGGUGGGCAGUGGCAGGAAGCAUUGAGUUUGUUUGAUGCUAUGCCCAAGUCGCAUAUCCUGCCAACUGUUAUCAGCUACAGUGCCGCCAUCAGCGCUUGUGACAAGGGCGGUGAGCCCCAACGAGCCUUGAACUUGUUUGAAGCCAUGCGCCGUGCCAAAGUGGACCCAAACAUCAUUAGCUACGGAGCAGCCAUCAGUGCUUGUGAAACGGGCGGACUAUGGGAAGAAGCACUCGACCUGUUUCAGUCCAUGCCGCAGGCGUCUGUUGAAUCUAACCUCGUCACCUUCAAUGCGGCCAUCAGUGCUUGCACUGUUGGCGGGCAAUGGCAGUUAGCAACAAGCUUGCUUGAAUGCAUGCGCCGGGUUCAGAUUGAACCCGAUGCCGUAACUUAUCGUGCAACCAUCGGUGCGUUUGGACUCGGUGAGAUGCUUUGAGGCACGAUCGCCUCCUUUGUGCGACACCGCCGGAGUCCGAUCGUCCAAUUAUGAACCGUACGUGUCAUGCAUUGUCAAUUACACUGGGCCCCUAACGGCCGAAAAGCCUCACCGGUGAUUGAAAUCCGACUGAUGGGCCUGGGCUAUGCUGCUAUAGACUCAGCUAGGACCGUGCUUC